CCAUCCCCCGUCCCUUCCAUCCAGGCUACACUCCCCACCCGCCGCCCUCCUCCCUCCCCUGCCGCGCCCCCUCCAUCACCACCACUACCACCACCAUCAUGGCGAGUCGUGUCGGUCCAUACGUCUUAGGCCGUACGCUGGGCAUUGGCUCUACCGGCCGCGUGCGGCUCGGCACGCACAUGGAGACGCGGCAGACUGUGGCCGCCAAGAUUGUCUCCAAGGAGUGGCUCAGCAGCAAGGCAUCCUUGUCGAAGAAGAUCGAGCGUGAGAUCACCCUGAUGAAGCUCAUCCGGCAUCCGAAUGUCCUGAGCUUGAUUGACGUGUACGAGAGCAGCUCCGACCUAUACCUGAUGCUGGAGCAUGUGGAGGGUGGUGAGCUGUUUGAGUAUCUCGUCAAGCGGGGCCGGCUCCCCGAGCAUGAGGCUCUCAUUUUCUUCCAGCAAAUUAUUUGCGGCCUGGACUACUGUCAUCGGCAUCUGGUGUGCCACCGGGACCUGAAGCCGGAGAACCUCCUCCUCGACGCCAACAUGAACAUCAAGAUCGCGGACUUCGGCAUGGCCGCCCUGCAACCCGAGGGCAAGUGCCUGGAAACCAGCUGCGGGUCGCCGCACUACGCCAGUCCGGAAAUCAUCCGCGGCGAGAAGUACGACGGCCCGGCCGCGGACAUUUGGUCCUGCGGUGUCAUCCUCUAUGCCCUGCUGACGGGGAAUCUCCCCUUCGAUGAUGACAACAUCCGCCGGCUCCUGUCCAAGGUCAAGGCCGGUGUGUAUUUCAUGCCGCCCUCCCUGUCGGAGGGGGCACGGGACCUGAUCAAGCGCAUGCUCGAGGUGGACCCCGAGCGGCGCAUCACCAUGCAGGAGCUCAUCCAGCACCCCUGGUUUAACAUGAACGGCCCGACCAGCCACUACCGGCAGAACUCCAUCAUUCAGAUCCGCGCCCUCGACAGCGAGGACGAGAUCGACUACGAGGUCCUCGAGAACCUCAUGUCGCUGGGAUACGACAGCGAGGAGGAGAUCAUGAGCCUGCUGUAUUCGGAAAACUACACCAUCGAACAGGUGUUCUACCACUUCCUGCUGGAGCGCAAGAAGGACCAACUGGACAACGAAGAGCAGGACUCCCCGGACCUGGACCCGAACAUCCCCCGGCGGCGGUCAUCCUCCUUCAAUGCGGCCUCCAUGGCCCGGUUCGAGCAGGAGCGCCGGCUCCGGGCCAGCUCGCUCAGCUCGUCCAUGCUCCUGCGCGUGCAGAACCCGGCGGCCGAGGCGUCCGAAGCCGCCGAGGAGUCGGCCAACUCCUCCUCCUCCUCCUCUUCCACUUCCCCUUCUUCACAGCAGCAGCAGCAACCCACGCGGCAGUCGUCUCUCGGCCGGAAGCCCGGCCCGCCGCCGGUGGCCAUUCCCACGGCCAACAGCAAUGGCCAUCAUCAUCCUCAUCACCACCACCACCAUCAUCACCAUGCCGGUGGCUCGGGGUUCGGUGGGCCGGCCUCGCCGGUGGGGUCGCCCUCGGUUUUGGGCGGCAGCCAGGGGUCCCUGCUGUCGCCGAAUCAGCCCGGGGGGUCGGCCGAGUCGCCCGGGUCCCGGCUCGGGACACCGCGCUACAACCGCCGGGUGUCGGCCACCUCGGCCGAGCAGCAGGAGCCCACCGAUGUGGCCAACAGUCCGAAGCGGUCGUGGUUCGCGUCGCUGUUUAAUUUCAAGGGCGAGACUGUUAAUAUCCUCACCACCGGCGAAUUUACCGUGAUCACUCAAGCGCUCCAAGCUGCAUUGAAGGAUCUGUCCAUCGAGUUCAACCUCCGCAAGAAGUUCUCCUCGCUGGAGUGCCGCGCCGAUAGAUGUCCCUCCCCAGACUCCAAGCCCCGAACGGUGAAGCUGCGGAUAGACCUGGUCACGGUGAACGCCUUCCAGACGGAUCUGGUCUUCGUUCAGAUCCAUGGCGGGGCACCCUCCUUCUUCGGACUGGUCGAGGAGAUCCGCGUUAAGUUGGACACCAUCCUCGAGUCCCAAAACAACGCCCUGCCGUAGAGCGCGCGAGGCGCCGCGCAACAGCGAGAGGGCGGCGAGCCCCAGGCAGGGGAGGGGGCGCGGGGAGGAUGUGCAUGUGUGCUCCCCCUCCUCCUACCACAUACACACAUGCGUGUGCACGCACACAUCUCGCCCCGCGCGUGUGCCCCCCCCUGCUCUGGAUGUUCCCCUCUCCGUCGGCUUCCUUCUCUUGUCCUUCAUUUUCUGUCUCUCUCCCAUCUUCCCCCUCCUCAGCCCUCAUUUUCCUCUCCCCCCCCCUCUCUCUCUC